CUUUGUCUCUGUUUCCACCCCGCCACUGGGAUUGCUGUGCAAAGAUCGGUUACAGGAAUGUUCCUACCUGCAAUGCCGUGCUGGUAGAGGCGGGGAAGCAUACUAUACAGCCUUGCUGUGCUGAUUUCCAGGAAGCCUAACUGGAACAGAACGGAGAUCCUGCUUGCAAGCUCUCGCCCGAGUACGACCCGUCUGGAGUUUGACACGCGUUGAAGCUGUCUGUCCUGCCAAGCACUGACUCGGCUCCGCUGCUGAUAAGUGGAUGACAAAUACAAUAUUUAUUUUGGCCACGGCGAUAGAUGGCUUUCGUGCAGACUGCUCUGUCUUGGGUUAUGUGUAGUCCGUGUUUUCUGGGAUCAUGAAGCUGCCAGCCUCCUGAGUUUUAUUAGUCGUAAUAACACGGCAAUUUACUGGUAGUGGAACCAGCCCGAACAGCAGAAGCGAAUUAUUCCAAGCAGCGCGACCCCAGAUCCGAUUCCGCCAUCUCUCACAGUUUGCACGCUGGUCGAUGCUGUCUGCAGCAACUGCAUGUUUUAUAGCCUUCCCCUAAUUGCUGUACUGCAGAACCCUCCAUUUCAGACGCCUCCUUCUCCAAAUCCCAGCUACUUGAAGGCACUUCUCCCUGUGAGGCUCUGACUGGAUGGAUAGGAUGAAGAUAAUCAAGCGUCGCCUGUCAAUGUCUCUGCGCAGCGCCCGUCCUGUUGACGACUCGCUGUCCGAGCUGGCAGAGCAGAUCACUCUGGACGAGCCCAACGGUGCCCACGACAACGAGCCGAUGGUUCGUGUGGCGCACCCCCACGCCUCUCACAGCGCCCCCUCUUUCCUGCGGCAGUACGCUGGCUCACUGGGGCGCGCAGCCCUGCUUAGGGACCCGGGAUCCGGCCGGCUGGGCGAGCGGCCCUACCUCUCCCUCGAAAGGACAAGCUCGCUCGGCAUCGUCCAUGAGAAUGUAAAGAUGGGCUCCGACGGGGAGAGUGACCAGGCCUCCGGGACCUCCUCUGACGAGGUGCAGUCCCCGGUGCGAGUGCGCAUGAGGAACCACCACAACCGGCGCAUCUCCACCGAGGACAUUAACAAGCGCCUGUCCCUGCCUGCGGAUAUCCGGCUACCAGAGGGCUACCUGGAGAAGUUUGCCAUGAACAGCCCGCCCUUCGACAAGCCCAUGAGCCGGCGACUGCGGCGCGCAUCCCUGUCGGAGAUUGGCUUCGGGAAGCUAGAAACUUAUAUUAAGCUGGACAAACUGGGAGAGGGGACCUACGCCACAGUGUUCAAGGGCAGAAGCAAACUGACAGACAACCUGGUGGCGCUGAAGGAGAUCAGACUGGAGCAUGAGGAGGGGGCUCCCUGCACAGCUAUCAGAGAGGUGUCUCUGCUGAAAGACCUGAAGCAUGCCAACAUCGUCACACUGCACGACAUCAUCCACACGGACAAGUCGCUCACCCUCGUCUUCGAGUACCUGGAGAAGGACCUGAAGCAGUACAUGGAUGACUGCGGAAACAUCAUGAGUGUGCACAAUGCCAAGAUCUUCCUGUUCCAGCUGCUUCGCGGGCUCUCCUACUGUCACCGGCGGAAGGUGCUGCACCGGGACCUCAAGCCGCAGAACCUGCUCAUCAAUGACAAGGGGGAGCUCAAGCUGGCUGACUUCGGUCUGGCUCGGGCCAAGUCUGUCCCCACCAAGACGUACUCCAAUGAGGUGGUGACGCUGUGGUACCGGCCCCCCGACGUGCUGCUGGGCACUACAGAGUACUCCACCCCCAUCGACAUGUGGGGUGUGGGCUGCAUAUUCUACGAGAUGGUGACUGGGCGCCCUCUUUUCCCCGGCUCCACAGUAGAAGAUGAACUCCAUUUGAUAUUCAGGAUACUGGGGACGCCCACGGAGGAGACGUGGCCAGGGGUCGCCACCAGUGAAGAGUUCAAGACGUAUAAAUUCCCCUGCUACCGAGCAGAGCCGCUCGUGAACCACGCCCCCAGGAUAGACAGCGACGGUCUGGAUCUGCUGUCUAAGCUUCUACAGUUUGAAGCCAAGAGGCGAGUGUCUGCAGAGGAGGCCCUUCGGCACCCAUACUUCAAAAGCUUUGGAGAGGCGGUGCAGACGCUCCCUGACACUGCGUCCAUCUUCUCUGUGAAAGAGAUCCAGCUGCAGAGAGACCCAGGGAAGCGAUCGUUGGGGCACCCUGAAGCAGCGUCUCGUACACUUGGCUCCGCCUCCUCGGAAUAUUUCCAGAAAGAUGGAAUGAAACCACGGACACAUUCUCACGUUCUCACCUCCCCCUCCACCGGCUGAUCUCUCGUCCCACUCCGCUCAGGGAAAGAACCGACGGCAGAGCAUGCUAUUUUAGUGCGUUGGUGGCGAGGCCAGCGCUGCAUUGGAAGAGAGCCGGCUGUCUGGAGGACUAGAAAGAAACCAAAUCUGUGCUGCUGAGGACAUUGUUUUGGGAGUGCCUUUCCAUACCCCACCCUGCCUCCCUACCCCUACCCCACCCCUACCCCACUCUGAGGGGGAACCAGAGAACUGCUGAGCUCCUGAGAAGCGCCAAGGAUCCUCCUGUAAAUAGAACAAUAGAACAGACCCUCCCACUGCCGCCGAUGAUGGACUUUCCAGAGAACAUCCCAGACUGGGCAAGAUCCCACCAACUCCUGUGCCAGUGGGGGUGCCAACUCGAGGAUAUAUUUGUUUAGUUUUAUUGAAUUUUAUUGCUGGAGGAAAUCAUAGGAGGACUGGAAAUUCAAGGGGGGUCAGGGGGGAAUCUGAGCUUCCCAUAUACCUCUAUUGCUUCAGGUUUCGGAAGAGAGGGGAGUGCGAGAGGGAGGGAGUGGUUUUGCAGCGCAAUAGGGUUUUUUGGGUACGGACAGAUAUAUUUGGAUUUCACAUCCCCUACAUAUUUAGGUAUAAUUAGUUUGCAGUUUAAUUGACUGAAACAAAUAUUUAUAUUGUAUAUUCACAUUAGUUAACAAAUGAGCAUUUGGAGAACAGGGAGAAAUGGAGCCUUUGCAAAGUGCAUCCAGCAGAGGGCGACCACGCAGUUUUAAAAACAUUGAUUGCAAUUCAAACUAAAUUAUUGAUUUCUAAUUUAAAGGGGAUGUGAAGUUAGCCCCACUUCCCCCUCUCUCCAGCCUGCUGUCCUGCGUUGUCUUCCACUCCCUUUGUAUACUGUAUGAAAACUUGUAUCGACUCCUAGUCCAGUCUCCGUUUAGGUCCAGUUUCAAUUCAGUCCCCCAGUUUCUUCACAGGGGCCAGCCUUCUUCUCUUCUUUUUUUGCAUCUGGGACCAGUCAAGUAACAGACAAGUGAAGCUGGAGGAGCUGUGUGAAAUCAGAUGAGAAUUUUAACUGACCGGAUUUCUCAAUAGGCAGGCACUAUAGAAUGCCUGUCAAUUAUUUUUAGAAACGUAAGAUUUUUUUAAUUUGUUAUUUUAGGAUGACAAACCAUGCUGUGAUCUGACACCCCCUCCCCCUAAAACAAAACA